AUGAGAGUCCCCUGCGGAGUGAAGCUCGUGUACUAUCGCUGCUCUGGGCCGGUGAUCCAGCUCCUGGGAGCCUUCAACAACAGCCAGCCAGGGGGGCAGCUUGAAACUCUGGAGGACGUGAAGGACAGCUCAGCCAGGAGGCAGAAGAGGCCCAUGACUUCUCACCCUGCCAGUGGUCAGUGUGACCUCCCAGAAAUGGAGAAUGAGGAGCCUCUUCAACCUGGGACCGAGGACCCAGGUGAGCAGGAGACCAUGCCUCUGGAUGUUGGAGUGCGAGCCACCGUGGUCCGUACCAUGCAGGAGGUGCUAUGGACUCGUGUCCAGGAGCUUCCAGACCUGCUGCUGAGUGAAGAGGAGGUAGCAGGCAUUGCAGAGGGCAUUGAGGCGGCCCUCUUCCACCUGACCCAGGACACUAACCUCCGCUACAAGACCAAGUACCGCAGCCUGCUCUUCAACCUGAAAGAUCCCCGAAACUCCGACCUGUUUCUCAAAGUGGCGCACUGUGAUGUCAGCCCUCAUGACCUGGUGCAGAUGAGCUCGAUCCAGCUGGCCCCCAAGGAGCUGUCCCGCUGGCGGGACCAGGAGGAAAGAAGGGGCCUGGACAUCAUUGAGCAGCAACAGAAGGAGCUGUAUAGACUUCCCACCUCCAAACUGACUCACAAGGGUGAGGUAGAGAUCCCACGGGACUCAGACCAGAUGCUGACCCUGGAGGACCUGAUGGAACCCAUGAUGCCCCGAGAGUACAGCCCACCGGCCCUGACGACCCCCCUGGAGGACACUACAGAUCAGCAUCAGCACCACUUCUGGGACUCAAACUGCCACAUCUGCAAGGAUUGGAAGUCCUCAACUAAACUGCCAGGCUCCUCUAGAGCCAUCAUGAAUAAGGAGGAAAAUGCCACCCGGAACGCCCCGAGUCCAGCUCCUGUGUCCUCUCCAGAGAUGCUCAAGGCUGGGGAGACAUCUUCCAAGGAACCACAGGAUAGGGUCCCUCCUCCUAGGCUCCAGAUACCUGCUGAGCCCAAAGAUGUCCCUCCCAGCCCUCCACCCUGGGAAGGCUCCCUAGAUAUGUUCUCUAUCAAGCCAUUCCGGGCCAAGGCCCAGCUGAUUUCCGGACACAGCUGCCAGCUUCUCCAGGCUCUGCCGGAGGUCAUUCGCUCAGCAGGCUGCCUCCCUCCAAAUGACCUUUGGGAUCUUCUAGACAGCAUGUGCCCAGCCAAAGCAAAGGAUAUCUGCGUGGCCAGGCUGUGUUCCCAUGGGUCUCGGGACAUCCACAACUAUCGCCUGCUCUACUCCUACCUCAACAACAAACAACGCCACUGCCUGACCACUGUGCAGCAAGUGAAGGUGGUCCUGCUGCCUCUGCCCGCCUUCCAGCCUCUGCCAGCCAGACUGCGCCCUCUGGGGGGCCCAGGUCUUGAAACCACUCACCCGAGCCUGUUACUAGCUGUGUUGUUCCCUAAGGAUGGACUUCCAGACAUAGCUUUGUCCAGCCCUCUGUGGAACAAGAUUCCAAAGACUGUCUCCUUCAGCAAAAAAGUGGAGAAGAGAUGCUACCAGCCAGAGGACAGUAUAUCAGAGGCCACCCUGAGAGGAUCACCUUCCCACGAGGAGGCCCCAAAGCAGAGCUUGGCCAAGGACAGCUUGGCUCCAAGGAAUGUUUGUGACUGGCAGAACCUCCCCAGAGGCAGGGGGAGGCAGCAACCUAGGUGGGAACAGCAGUUUCCAGAAGCAAGCUGGUGCCACCCCCAACAUCCCAAUUCAGGUGGACCAGUUUUGCCUGGCAUUGGUCAUGGACAGCACCUCCAUAGGGCCUCCUGUUUCCACCAAGACAUACUCCAGCACCUCAAUAUCUUAGUGAGCAUGACUCACCAGUUCCAGGCCUCGCUGUGGCCCCCAGGCCAGGAGCCCCUUCUCCCAUCCUCUGCAGUAUCUGCAGUUCCAGACCCCCACGGGCCAAUCCCAGACCCUCCUGUGGGCCCUGUGGAUGGAGAUGGCUCGGAGUGUCCCUGGCCAGAGAGGCCUGACCCUCCGGCCCCAUCAGAACAGGAGUGUUCGUUCCCUUACCAGUGCUGA